AUCAAAGCCCUCUUGGCCGAGAGCCUGGCAACGGCCGUUACCUGCUUCCUGGUAACUGGUGCUUACCUCAACGCGCGACAGGGCAACACAACAGCUGAUGCCCUUGCCGCUGCCAUCACCACCGGACUUGCGUACGCCGGUGUGACACAUGCCUUUUGCCAGAUUAGCGGAGCUCACCUCAACCCCGCCCUCACCGUCAGCUUCCUGGCGGCUCGUCUCAUCCGUGUCAACCAAGCCUUUGCUUACAUUGUUGCCCAAGUGGUGGGUAGCAUCGCAGGCACAGCCGCACUCUAUGCCGUGACUACCCGAGAUGCCGGCAUCAAACUUGGGGCUACCAUCAAGGGAAGCGACACCAGCUAUGGCGAGGCGUUUGGCAUGGAAUUUAUUCUCGGCUUUAUCCUAGCCCUUUACGUCAUGGCCACCCUGGACCCGGACAACCGCAAGGGUCAUCUGCGCUAUGCGGGCAUCUACGUGGGCAUGGCCUACGCUGCCCUCACCUACGUCGGAUUUCCUUGGUCCAACGCAUCGCUCAAUCCUGCGCGCUCCUUUGGCGCGGCCGUGAUUGCUGAUGAGUGGGACUCGCAUUGGGUGUACUGGCUUGGCCCGAUUGUUGGGGCCAUGCUCGGCAGCCUGACGUAU